GGUUUUUGGAUUAAUUGGUGGAUUGGUUCUAGAUUCUGGAUCCGCCCCUUUUACGCGAUUAUUUUCAGUGUGAAAAAAACGAGACCUGAAAUUUUGCGGAAACACGAAAUUUUCUCUGAUCGAUUUUGUAGAGCAACUGAAAGGGUGUCGUAGAAUCGUAGCAAACCUAGGGAAACUAAAGUGCAUUUGCAAAUAUUAGUGUUAAAACGGUUCAAAUUCAAAGCCUACUGUAGAAAAAUAUAAAACUAGUGGCAAAACAGCAGGGAAUUUAGCAUAAAGAAAGUCCGGUUUGGGAGCAACAGCAGGAGGCGGGGUAAAGAAGGAUCAGACUCACCGUCACAAAUACAUCCUCACGGAGGAGAAAGACCUCCCCCUUGCCACCCCCUCUCGUUGACGGCGGCGGCGGCCCACCCUCCUAAUCCGCCCCCUCAACAUCAGCUGGCUGGAGUUGAAGCUGCUGGAACUGAUUCGCACCCACACGCAAAACGUCAACGCCUGCCUGGCUGGCUAAUUGCGAGUGGCAGGAUUGUCAAAACAGAAGCUGCUGCAGCAGCAGGAUAAAUCAGUUUUCCUUUUUUAGUGCUAUCUGUGAUCCUUUAAAGUGCUGUGCUAUCACCGUCAACGUGUGUUAUAUUGCAGAAAAUUACAAUUUAAACCUAGUUAUAUCACCGCGUGCGCGCCAGAAAGGAAGAGGGGAAUUCAUAAUUCAAAAGUGUUUCAAGUUGAUAUCGAUAAAAUAAAACCAGUGUGUACAGGAUAUUAAUCACCAAACGCAAACGCAGGACCAUCUGGACAACGAGAGUUGGCCGCAAGCCACACCGUCCCGCGACGACUAAGCUGUAGUGUUCUAGAAUACCGCGUAGCCCAUCACCCGACUAGACCGGCAUCAGACUAGGAGCAGGAGAGGCAGCAGAGGAACACCGCCGUCAUGUUUUGGGACAGUGCAAACUCGUUGUCCAAUAUAGACGGGUUGCUAACGAAAGAGGGACUCAAGCUCAAAGAUGUGCUGGAAUAUGAGGACGUGCUGCAGGAAUGCAAAUCACAAAACACAAAACUGCUCCAAUACUUAAACCGCACGGAAGUGUUCGACGAGCUGAUAGACUUGGUCAUCCAGGAGCCACCGGAGGACCUCGAGGACCAGGUGCGCUUCCUGCACUCGAACAUGGCGUGCGAGAUCCUGACCAGCGACGUGCCCUCGUUCAAGACCCACCUGGUCGAGAACCAGAACUUUCUGAACAAACUGUACAGCUUCCUGCACCGGGAUCCGCCGCUCAAUCCGCUGCUGACGUCGUUCUUCUGCAAAACGUUUGGGAUGCUCAUAUCAAAACGUAACGAACAAGAUUAUUUCUCUUAUAAGUCAGUGUGCCUACAAGUAUUAGAGUUUAUCAAGUCUAGAAAAGGUUUCCUUACCACGAUGCUGAAGCACUUUGGCAACCAGGUCAUCACCGACCUGCUGCUCUGCUACAUCACCGAUAUCGAAGACGCCGAGCUCAAGUCGGAGCUGUUGGAGUGGCUUAACGAGCAAAACCUGAUUGCCGCAAUCAUCAACCUGCUAAAGUUACCAGGCGAAACGCAGAAACACAACAAUGUCGCACAAUUUUUAAUCGAACUUAUCAAGAUAGGCAGAUGCAAACGACAGAACGAGAGACAAGACAAAGUAACAUCCGAUCCAAUACUGGACACGCUGGAGAACGAAGUCACCACCCAGAUGCUGCUGGACAUCAUCCUGAAGGAAAACAACGAGGAAAGCGUCAUCGUGGCCGGCAUCCGGAUCAUUCUGCGGCUGCUGGAGAACACGAUCAUACAAGAACCGGUGUCCGACACCGCCCUCCAGAUGGUCAUCGACGCCGAGAAGGAGCACCAUGACACCGUCGUGCUACGCUUAGUCAACGUAAUACACCCGAGAAUGCUUGAGUUUAUCACCAUUUUAACGAAUCCGCCUCAGAAACCCGACGUAAUAACCACGGUCGGAGUACUUUCACCACCUCUAGGAAAUGUGAGACUUCAGAUUUGUAAUUUAUUUACAGUAUUAAUAGAAACAGAGAACAGUGAUGUUAUCAGGACAAUAUGCGGAACAGAUUUUUAUAGUACAUUGCUCAACCUUUUUAAGCAAUAUUGUUGGAACAAUUUUUUGCACAGUCAGGCCAAGGUGUGCGUCAACUAUGCCAUACAGUCGUUCGACCAGAAGGAGGGCGAAACCAAGCUGCUUACCUCGGAUUUACAGCGACACAUCAUCUGCGAUUGCAAGCUUGCCUCCCGCCUGGUAGACCUGUGGUACUACAACGAGGAGAUGCAAAAUCCGGCCCCGCCGCAACCACCGCCAGACGCACCAGAGACGACAACGACGACGGCACCAACUUCCAACGCCGACGCCGACACCGAUGUUACCUCCACCGAAGGGCCGACGGAGGAGACCGAUUCCGCCGAGGAGCAGCAGGACCAACUGCCGCAACCGCCUCCGCCGCAGAAACGCCGCAAGUGCCGCCGGCUCGGUUACAUGGGCCACCUGAUCGAGAUGUUCGAGGCGCUCGUCACGAACAUGAACGUGUCGGAGGAGUUUUGUGCCUUAGUCGAAGCGUCCCUCGAGGGCGAGCCGGACGACGUGAAAGCCCGCUGGCGGCGCGUGAUCGAGUCCGAGGGCGAAGGCGAUGGCGCGGGUGAGGGUGCGGGCAAGAGUGCCGGUGAGCUGGCCACAAUACUGGCCGUGCAGAAGCGAUUCCUGGCUGGUCACGAUCCAUAUCAGAAGAAAGACUAUUCGUCCGAUGUUACCAUUUUCCCCAAGGAAAUUGAGAACAAUCUUAAGGAUUACAUUCACAACACUGUGAUGGAUUUGAGCAGCAUGAACGCGCUCAACAGCUCGUCGUUCGAGAUGCUGGGCUUCACCAACACGGUCGAGCAGAUGUCCAAGCUGAUGUUCGACGAGGCUUGCCAAAGUUCGGUCAACGCAUUUAUGGACAGCGACAUGUUCGGCGAGGACGAGGACGACGACGGGACGGAGGGCGCGGACGAGGCGCGUAACUUUUACACCGGCCGAGGCCGCAUUCUUGCCCAGAGUGACGACCCGGAGGGGAGUGGUGGCGAGGGCGGUGGCGGUGGCGCUCACCGGCCGUUCGAUGACGAUCUCAAGAACGCGAUUGACCUGUUUAUCAACAAGAGCGCCUGGCCGUCCUCGGUGGGUGUGGCCGACGUGGACGAGGACAACACAGACCCGUGGGGAACCAGCCACCAGCAGGACCAGCAGCAGCACGAAGGGAUGGACGCGACGGUCGAUGGCAUUACGGACGCGUGGGCCAACUUUGGCUCGGACGGGUUCGCCGACUUUGAUUCUCACUUUACGGACUUUACGUCGGCUCCACCUGGUGGCGACCCGCAGCAGCAGCAGCAGGACUCGUCCAAGACUUUCUUCGACAACAAUGAAAACAUUGCCUUCGAUAACAGCAACAACGAUGAUCCGUUUGCAACGGCAGCGCAGGCCACUGAAUUCCACGCGGAGGACGCCGCGGUGGCCAGCAGCGUGGUGGUAACGGCUGCCAACAAUGAACAAUCCGACGAUGCUAAGAACAGUAACGUAAAUGUGCCAUUAUCCGUACCGGUUGAAGAGAUCACCAGCAGCAGUUGUCCAACAAUGGCGACCACGAUGGAGCAACUAGCCAACGAAAUUUCCAGCAUGGCAUUGGGUGGGGGCAGUACCCGGAUCGUUGACGACGAUGACGACGGGCUGAAGACGGUAACAACCAACGGACCAACGGUAAUGGCUGAGGAGGAUAAGCUGGAGAUGCCGGAGAAUUUGGAGGUCGUCCCGAUUGAAAGCAACAUAAACAUCGAUCCUCAGCAGCCAGAACAGCCGCAGCAAAACGACAAUUCCGCCGCUGCCGAACAGCAAACAACUGUAUCGGACGCAGCAGUUGCAGCAGCAGCAGCUGACACUGACCUAUCCACAACAACAGCAACAGCAACCAAGACUUUAAACAACCUCGUGCUUGCGGCACCGGAAGCCGUAAUCAACAGCAGUAGCAGCAGUAGUAGUGACAACAGCACAGAGCAAAUCCCAACCUCGACGUCAAUUGAUCCAUCGAAGCUCCCGGCCCAAGUGCAGCACCAGCAGCAGCAGCAGCAGCAACCUCAACAAUCACCCCAACCACCACCACCAACUGUGCCAUUAGAGAAUGGAUCAGUUUAGACGGAGUUUGCAGCAGGUAAAUAAUAACAGAAAAGAAAGUACUAAGUUUAAUUAAUGCGAGUAACAAAAGUGUUGUAAGAAAAUGAAAAAAUUACCCAAAUAAUAUCGGGCUAGUGCUAGGCAGAUUGAACAAUUGUAAAACAGUUUAAGAGAAAUUCAGUGAAACAAAUUUGAGAUGCUUCUAAAGCGAGAUUAUUUGUAGUGAAAAAGAAGUGCUUAGGCUGAACAUUUUGAGCGGAAAGCGUAGCAUAUUUUUUUAUCGCAGCCAAUUUUUUACACCACCAAAAAUGCCGAAAGACUUUUUGUUCUAAAAAAAAGAGAGAAUCGUUACGCAGCAUCCUCACAGGAUCUUGAUCUAUCUAGUUUCGUCGUCCCGUGUUUUUGUAUUCGAGGAAGGUUCCGCCAGGGGGGAGCGGACUCUGGUGCUUGUUAGGCGGCGCGUGGUUUGACGACUUUGAGGUUUUGUACCCUUCCCGGGAAGGGUGGACUGUUUCCAUAGUGGUCAAGCCAGAUCAUCGAUCGGAGAGGUCUUGAAGCGAUGUGACUUGAAACUUGCAGUGCUUUUUGGGGGGAGAAGGACAGAAAACUUUCCUCGUCUGAAGUAAUAGCAAUUUAGUUACUACUAUUGUAAACUUUUUAAUUAUUUUUGUUUUAUACACGAAGUAAUUCAAUUUAGAUAAAAAAAAGAAUAAAACCAACUAAAAAAACAACAAGAACUCAAUGUAUUUUUAUGCAUAAAUAAGCCAAAAACGCAGGAACAGUUGAGAGUGAUGAACAUAGCGAAUGAAAAUGUUGGACAUUUACAAAAAAUGAAAGCAAUCAUUUUUGUGUUGUUUUAGGAGAAGAAAAAAAAAUCCACGAAAAACCAAUGAAAUGUCGCGAGAAAGAGAGAACGAGAGUGAGCGCGCGAGUGUGGAUAAAACGUUGAAAAAAAAAACACAAAGCUUCCGCCAAAACGAAAAAAAAGAAAGAUAAAAAAGCAAAAAAACAAAAACACUCACACACACGUUAAGAUACGAGUUUAGUAGCACUAAUUUUCCACUAAGGUAAGAGAAGCUGGCAGAAUGAAUGUUGAGCUAUGGAAACGCCUUUCUUCUUGUUUGCCAGUGCACACAUACACACACAGUUUAGUUUGUAGUAAGCAAAAAAUAUGUUUGAUUCGAUUACGUUGACGUUCUACUUAUAAGUUAAGGCUACAAUUUAACCAUAUUAUCAGUUCAAAUCUUUCGCGUCUUUACUUUAUAAGCUUAGCUUAAGUUUGAUUUUUGUUUUUUGUACGCUUAAUUCAGGGUUUGCGCUUUUCUUAUUCUUUACCUAAGCUGAUGAUACGUACGUUGCCAAAAUUGGUUUUGUUUUGUUUGCCCCCUUGAAUCCACCACUAAAUUGUUGCUCAAUUUCAGUCCCGCAGUUGGCGGUUCUGCUCUUCUCUUUAUGUUAUUUCACAUGUUCCUUCCCAGGCUUCCCAACAGGAAAAGCUUACGAUUGCAAGAAGAUGAUGGAAGAGCCCAAUUGACAAUGUUAAGAUACGAAUGUUUGAACAUAUCUCGCUCGCCGUGCUUAGGAUUCUGUUUUUAUUAUGUGCCCUAAACCUUUUCAAAAUCCCCUACUUUUAGUAGUUAAAACGCUAACCAGAGAGAGGGAGAAAGAAUGAAAGAGAGAGAUUGGGAGACCAAAAUCAGACAGCUGCGUUUCAGUGAUAGCGAUAGAACUUAAACAGAUAUAACAAAACUCACAAACAUUCACACACAAACACAUCCACAACAAACUACGACGAACUGCAUUAAGUAUAUAUAUACACACACCCAUACACCCUGUCUCCUUCCUUCCUACACUUACAUACACAAACACACACAAGCAUCUCUCGCCUAGAAGAGAACAGAUAAAAAAAUAAAAACAAAAAAUGGUGCAAUGUUCUGAAAAAUAUAUAUAUGAAUCAAAUGUAAGCUAGUGCCACUUUCUAAAGUACCAUGGAAAUAUAAAUAAAGGAAUGUGAACGUCCACACAA